AUGCGCCUCGCUCGUUUUUGCCAUUGACACUGGAUUGAUUCUCGUGGCGGCGAUAGUGCGAUACUGCGAACGGUUGUUUGGCCGAUUCUUGCGCUUGGUCAGUGAAUUAUCAGAAAAUGUCGGGGAAAUCUAAGGCAUUUACCAAAGAAGAGGAGUUACUGUUGCAGGACUUCUCGAGGAACGUCUCGACGAAAUCCUCAGCGUUGUUCUACGGCAAUGCCUUCAUCGUUUCGGCAAUACCCAUCUGGUUGUUUUGGAGAAUACACUUGAUCGAUUUGUAUUCCAACCUAAUCUCCUUUGUACUGGUCACACUGGCAAGCACAUAUGCUCUUGCACUGGCAUAUAAAAAUACAAAGUUUAUCCUUAAGCAUAAGAUUGCUGUAAAAAGGGAGGAUGCUGUGACGAAGGAAAUAAGUCGCAAACUUGCAGAAGACAAGAAAAUGAGCAAGAAGGAGAAAGACGAAAGGAUCCUGUGGAAGAAGAAUGAAGUGGCGGAUUACGAAGCAACAACGUUUUCCAUUUUCUACAACAACGCCCUUUUCCUGGCAUUCGUCAUCGUGUCUUCAUUUUAUGUCAUGAAAACAUUUACCCCAGCAGUAAAUUACAUAUUCUCUGUAGGAGCUGCCAGUGCACUUUUGGCAUUAGUGUCAACCGGAAGUCAAUAAGUUUUAUUAUCGAAAUCGAUCAAAAUGGAAAAUUCUGAACAAUCAUCGAGGGAACUACCGGCUGAAAUCAAUAUGGAAAAUGCGGCAUUGAUGAAUUUUGACAGCAAAUUGAAACUUUUGCCAAGUUAUUUGAUCGAACUGUUGUAGUAUUAGGUAAUCUUAAGGAAUCUGAGGUAAUUUAAAGGUAAUCCGUAUCAAGGGUAAUUUUUGUACACUAUAACUGCUAGUGACCAACCCCUCGCGUGAAAUCAUUGAAUUCUAAAUUUCAUUGAUAAUGAGAUUUAAUUUAGGAACAGUUGUUUGAACAAUAGAUGUCUUACGAUGUAUGUUCAGUACUGUAUUCUUAUGAACAACAUUAGUUCAAGUACAGAUCUUAUUUACAUUCUGUCUUACAAGAAAGUAGUGGUCGCCAUACCAAUAUUUUUUAAAUGAUUUUAAUUAUAAAAUGAGGUAGGUAGGAAAAAAACAUUCUUAAAUCAAAAAACUAUUCUAUGAGUUAAAUGAAUUAAUCUCAUAGAGAUUAUUACUUAUGCAACGUUACAAAUUUGUUCCAUUACAUGAAAAACAAGUGACAUCCUAUAAAAUCACAUACCAAUUACAUAACGUGUCAUAUUUAAUUCACAUAUUGACGUGUAUGAAUUAUAUACAUAAAUUUACAAAGAUUAUGUAUGUUUUAAUUUACAUGUUCUAUUUUGAAAAAACAAUUGAUUAGAUACAUACGAUAUUAUUUCUAAUUUGAUUUUACGUAUUCGUAAUUUUACGUAAACAUAUGUUAUUAAUUUUUUGGUUUUAUUUAAUUCAUUGCUGCAAUAAAAACCAGUUGCGUUAGAAUCUAUCGCGAAGUUCAUAUUCAUAUUCCCAUCCAUAUAUAUUUACAUAUAGAUUAUCUAAUAAAAUGCACAAAACAUUUCUGUCGUUAGAAAUAAAAUCACUAAAGUUGUAACGAUAUUAUUGCAAAUAUCUUUAGAGAACUUUCCCGUAUUUUUGCAUCUCACAAGGCUCAAUCCAUUGCUUUCUUCUGUCUUUGCUGAUCCUUGUUAUUUUCUCUUGGAUUUAUGUGUAUGCAGAUGAUAUUCUUCUAUAUUCUAGGCCUCAUUAUCGACACCUAUUGAACUUUCGAUUAGCAAAUGUCGAGCCACCUACUUAUGUCUUCUCCUCUUAUCGUCAUAUACUCAUUUCUAUUCAAAAAUUUCACUUAUCCCAAACAUUAGUCCUUAUUUGACUAUGCAGUCACAGUACAUAUUCUAUUAUUCAUGCGUUAUUGCAUACGUCAAUAGUCGCUGGAUAGAAUUCAGCACAUAUAAAAUUCAUGUCUUCGUUUCGCAUAUGCUGUCGCAAAUUCGAAUAUAUUAUCCCUUUCUUCAUAUUUUUUACAUAACUUCGCAUUCGUCAGUGAUUAUUCAUACACUACUAUUGUCUCGUCUAUAAGAUUAUUCUGGUACCUCUUCCUACCUUCGAAACCUUCAAUUCAAUUCAAUUCAAUUCAAUUACAAUUCUGAUGUUCACUCCAUAUCUUAACACAUUGUUGACGGUAUAUUGCGAAACGAAUCGAGCCUCAGUUCUCGCAUAUUUUCGGUAUAUUUUGUAAAUACCGAAAAUGAAAGACGCUAAUUCACGUCUCCCGUCCACAAUGUGUUAAUAUCUUCAACUCACUAUUCUCUACGAUCUACUACUAUCCUGUCCCUCUCAUCGCAUCGUAAAAUUUGAAAAUUCUCUUACCUUGUGGCAGUAAAAUUUUACAACUUGCUCCCAGUAGCUGCUCGCUCUGCCUCCACUCGUAACUGAAUUUCAACAGUAUUGUGAGUUUUGUUGUCUCAUUUAUCACUGCUCAAGAUAAAUAUUGCGUUUCCGUUAAUAUUCCGUUAAUAAACAUUUAGAUUUAAGUUUAAAUUAAGUUUUGAUCAGGUCCUAUCAGUCGCGGCUGUUUACCUCGCCACUUGCGUGCGUAAUAAACUAAUUAGCUCCUCUCAAGUUUUACCUUGUACUAUCUUAUAUACGCAGCAAUAAAAAUAUUAUUAUUAUUA